GCCCGACUUUGACAGGUGUAGAACUUAUAGCAAACAUUUUGUAAAUAAGAACUCAUCUCCAAGUCGAUCAAGUUGAGAUAUACUCAUCUACUCCAAAUCGUUUGUAGAAGGGUUAUGUGCAGGUGGUAUGUUGAGAGAUGUUGUGCUGCCGUGAUGACAGGCUGGAGUACACCACAAAUCUGCUGAUAUCCCCCUACUACAAAAGCCAACAUAAGGCGGGUGCCGGAUGAAGUCGGGUAUGUCUUCUCAUCAUGCCCAUGCAGUGGCUCGCCACUGUGAACACACACAGAACAAAAUACACACAGUGGCUGAGCUGCUGCUGUUGUCUAGCCAGUUCCGACCAAUCAGAACAGAAAACACAAGUGCGGUGGAGAUGUGUUUGGGGUCAGCACAGGAACAGAUCAACUCCUCGCUGACCAUUAUCCUGGAGAUAGUGGCAGACCUUGCAAGGCUUGUGGCUGACCUGAAUGCUCGAUGGAAGGUUGUGUGUGACAUGUUGUACAGACUGGGCGACGCGGUCACAGUUCUGGUUGAGCUUGUGUAUUUCGUUAUGUAUGAAAAGUUGGAGCCGGUGGUAGACUUGAGUACAGCAUUGAUUGAUAAGUACUGCACAUCAUACGCAGGCCUAGAGAUCAAACUAAGCUGCGUGCAGUUGAAGCGGGCAAGACUGGAUGAGCUUAACGCCACAUUUAUAAUGGACAUCUGUUCAAAUAUUUCGAAGUACAUCUCUGUGCUGACUGAGCAGUGUCGGGGAGCCAGUGAGGCGGGGCCAGACACAGGCACCAGGGACCAGUUCAAACUGGCAAUAAAGAGUGUGACAUGUGCAGCCGGGGGCCUUAUAGCAAGCAUUAAAGCGUACAAGAAUGACCGCUCACCCCGACACCACACACGUGUAGUCACUUUUUGCGAACCCGUACUGGCAGCAAGCUGUGCCCUGGUAAGCCUGGCAACAGAAGAGGAGUUUGUGGGUGAGGGGAGAGAACUAACUCCUGAGGAGAAGGAUGUACAGAAGGCUGUGUUUGGUCCGUGUAUGAACCUUGUGUCUGGGUGUGUACAGCUGUGCAAAUCCCUACGAGACUUCACCUACGACACAGGUAAUUCUCACUACACACACAAGGUGCGGUCAUGUCACUCAUGUGUCCUCAAAUCCAGCAACCAUCUCAAACACGAACUCCAGAAACGUUUUAAAAUGGAUUUUCAAGUGAAAGGCUUAAGUCCAUUAAAGGGGGAGAACUUCAUAAAAAAUGGUGACUCCUCAGACAGUCCCCGAGAGUUGAUCCCCUUUGGGAGAAGAUCGCCUAUACCAAGUAGAGUGGAGGAUGAUGGGAAAGAUGGUGGUGAAGGGCCACAUGACCAGUCUCCUUCAUCAACCCUUGCACCGUCUGACAUCACCACGACAACCCUCACUGCCUCGGAUAUCACCACAUCAAGUGUAGUCUCCAGAUAGAUUGGGAAUGGUCAUUACACUUCUCUUGAAUAUAAAAAGUUGUCACAACAUUUCUGUAAAUUCAACUUGAGUGCUCUGUAUUUUCCAGUAUUGUGCAAUACAACACAUUAUAACUAGGGAUUCAUAAAACAUGCAAGUUCAAACUCUCAUUCUGUUCUGUUUGUUUUAAGGGCCAUGACCAUAUUUAAAGCAAUGAAUCUCUAGUCUUCUUCAUUAUGGCGUUUAUUAAAAUAUUUAUUUCUGUCUCAGGCAUAUAAAAGAGAUGUUACUACAUGUAAUGUCUAUCAUCAGAAUGUAGUAUUUCUAACAAAAUUGAAUAUAAUAUGUUUUGAGACUCAAAGACUAAGAACAAUAUGAUUAAGUGUUUAAUGCAUAGAAGUGUAUGGAAGGAAUAUAUUACAUGUCACCUUUGUUUUCUGGAAGUGUAUGGAAGGAAUAGAUUACAUGUCACCUUUGUUUUCUGGAAGUGUAUGGAAGGAAUAGAUUACAUGUCACCUUUGUUUUCUGGAAGUGUAUGGAAGGAAUAGAUUACAUGUCACCUGUGUUUUCUGGAAGUGUAUGGAAGGAAUAGAUUACAUGUCACCUUUGUUUUCUGGAAGUGUAUGGAAGGAAUAAAUCACAAGUCACCUUUG